UUGUGUAUGUAUUUAAUUUUGUCCCAUUCGACCUCCAUAAUAAAAGAACCACCUCAAGUUGUUCAUUUCUUUUUCUGGUUCUUGUGUUUGAUCAGUGUGCCACAUCCCAUGCCAUUACCAUGACAACCCGCAUCCAGCAGCUGGCUCAACCCAGACCUGACCGACUUCCAUAUCCUGACCGUCGUUCUGUUCACUGGCUGGACAAAUUGCCCUCGCAGAGAAGCAAACUUCCCACUGAGAAUGAGUUAACACCUCGCUUGGCUGAACUGUGCAGGAGUAAAACAUUCCAGACUCAACUCUCGCGUUCCCCAAAGUGGCAAGUGAGUGAAUCAGCUCUCAGGGCUGUAACGUCGGAGCGGUUGUGUCUUCUUGCCCAGCCCCGGGGGCCCCCUCCUACUUGGCAGCCGGCCUUACAACUGCCUACCCCUCUGAGGAAGGCAACUCAGACGGCGGUCGCCACUCCUCGGAUUUGCCAGCUCGCCCGACCUAAGACGAGGCCCCUGGUUGCGGGUCACGGAUGCCAACUCGGUACCCCCAAGAUACCCCGGAAAGCUUCAGCGCGCACAGAGCUUCUUGCCACCCCCAAGCAAGAACACCCUAAACACCAAGGUGGGCGCCCAGUGUGCUGGCCCGUGUCCCGAGCAGCCAGAACCUGUGUACCCAGUCAGAGACUCGUGGCGCUGUCCAGUCCCAAGCAAAGAAAGUCUCUCUUUGAGGGCUACAAGCAGUAUGGGGUUAGUUCUGCAGACCUCUCGCCUCUGAGAUAGCACCUCUGACAAUAUGUCUUCUUCUUG